UCCUUUACCUUCGUCUUUUGAAGAUCCAUGUGAUGAAUUUGCUUUUUUUUUCGAUAGAAAUGUCAAACAGCCUCGUUGGAAAUAAGUUGGUUUGUGUUUCAGAUGAUAUAUUAAUAUUGACAGAUAGAAUUGAUCACAAUGUAGUUUGUAGUGAGUUUCAGAAAUGAUCCAAAUCUUCACGCCUCUCUAUAUCAAACAAGUUCUUAUCCGCCUAUCGCGAGCGAGUUUUCUGUCUCGUGUCGUGUAUAAUUAAUUGUAGAAAAGUUGUCCAAGAAGAUCAAGAUGCCGUUUUUUGAAUCCCUACAGCGUGUCCAUGGCAAGUAUGCCGAUUGCUCCCUCGCAACGAAAACCGGAGAGUCCGUGCCCGCUACUCGGUGUUUGCUCGCCGUGGCAAGUCCGGCCUUGGAACGACGAAUAGCAGUACGGAAUGAUUUUUGUGAUCAAGAAGAAGAAGUUUUGAUUGAGGCAGUUGCACGUGGAUGUAGUUCCGGUUCCGGGUGUUUUUCUCCACCAGAGCCUAGAACAAGCUUUCUCACAACUUCAUCAGGCUGUUGGCUUUCUCUUUUCCAACAUGCUUUUGCUUGACACGACACCUCAUCUAGUACAUGAAUACCAAAAACUUUGCAUAUGUUUUACCGAGGAUUUGACUUGUUCGCUGAAAAUCCCAGGACCUUCCUCCCGGUGGACGUAUCGUGCUUUCCGAGAUAGAAACGACGACCCAGCUGCAGGAGUUGGUUCGUUACAGCUUGGGGCAAAAACCAAUCGACUACGUCGCCGCACAGCGGAUCGGUCAUCUGUACCAAAUCACGGCCCUGGCGAGCCUCCCGGUUCCGCAAAUAACGAGUCCCGCGACCCAAUCCUCGUCCACCGGAGCUGGACCACCCCGGAACGGAACGAUCGCCGGCAGCAAGCAGGGCGGCGCGCCGGGGAGCGGCAGACGAAGCGAGACUAGCGGGAGCUCGUCGAAAUCUGCCAGCUCCCGAAUCGGUGAGCUCACCGCAAAACUAAACCACUGGCUCUCCGUCGCCAGCGACACGCUGGAGCAGUACGGAAUUAGCAGCUCCGCCAUGCUCAACAACGGCCGGGGUGCCGCGGGCGGAGGCUCCGGGAGCAGCGGCUCCAGGAGCUCGCGCAGUAAACAAACCGCCCCAGGUGCCCCGCCGCCGCACAAGUACAAAUCCCCCGCCACGGUGUUACAACAGCAGGCCACCGGCGAAGUGGACCCCAGCUACAACGACGACAGCAAGAUCCUUUCGAAAGCCACGCAAAAGAAGAUCAACAGCUACGGCUGGAACCCGGACGAGCCACGGAGCUUUGUCAGUAGCUACUGGUUCCUGCAAGCGCUGGCCUUUGUUCUCGGAAUCAGCUGCUGGUACCACGCCUGGUACUAUAAUCUAGAAAGGGGCGGCCUGUUCAUGGACGACGUCAUGAUAAAACGAAACCUGAACGUCGUCGACCCGCAGUUCGAUUGGGACCGCCUGAUUCGAACCGACUACUGGGGCCUGGAAAUGUUCGAUCCGCAGGUAUGAUUGAAGAAGUGCUAGCAUUUGGUGAUGUUUUCAGUGUGAUGACUGUUGUACUAUUGUGGCUAAGCCUAGCACAGAGACAUGAUCAUUACACAGCAGGCACUAGUACAGGAGUAUACUUAAACUUAAUCUCAUCAUGUAGAUACGUUAAGGUCCUAAAAACCUGCGUCGAGGAACCAACUGCUGAUAAAAUGAAACUUUCUCAGGUUUGGACGCACAAAUCUUUCCGUCCAGUGACUGUAUACAGUUUCCGGUUUGACUACCAGAACUUCGGGUUCGACAGUUACGCGUUCCAUCGCCACAACAUCGUGCUUCACGCGAUCGCGGGCGUGCUCCUCGGCUACUUGGCGCACUUCAUCCUCCGGAUGUCGCCCGCGUGGUCCUCGCUGUUGUCGUUCCUUUUUCUCACCUAUCAAUUGCAAAGAUGUCUGAAUCUGGAAGAACGCAGGGUUUGUCAUGCACAACUUGCAUGGCUCUCAAGUCUGUCAUGCGCGCCACACAAAAGCCACAUUUCUCUGUCAUGCAGAAACGCAGUCUGCCAUGCAGAUAGGCAACACUAUAGCAACUCCAAGACUUGUCAUGCUUGGCUGGCAAUGUUGAAGGCGUCCACAUGAGUCGCCAAAUAGCAUCACAAGUUUCCAGACCCAGACACUUUUGCAGUGCAUAUCACCCACCCGGUCCACACGGAGUCGCUCCUCUACAUCGUCGGGCGGGCCGACCCCCAGUGCACGGACGUGUUUCUGUUCGCGCUCGUGAUCUAUGAAAAGAUGAUCCGGGCGUCCGACCGGGAGAUCGCCGACGAGCGGAAAAUUUCGCCCAAGAGCCUGGUGAAAACUGUUGUGUAUUUAGCUCUAUCGCUCGUCCUCGUCAUGAUUUCCGGGUUGUGCAAGGAGAUUGGGUUCACCGUGUUCGGCUUGCAGGUCAUCCUGGAGGGCUACUACCUCAUGGAUUACGGGUCCCAGCGGUUCCUCUGCGCGUGCCGCGCCGGAGCAGUCAUCCUGAUCGGAACCGUCGUCAUCAUCUGGCGGUUUCAGUACACACAAGGUAAAUCAUUCUUCUGCAUUCGUGUUGCUUUUUUUUCCAAAAAUCGACCUAAAGGAGGCACAGACUACUACAUGCAAGGACGGUCCUUUGCAGCUCUGCUGAAUGAUCGUGGCGAGGAUGCUGUCCCGUCGACAUGAAUGCAUGCUAGCUAGUCGUGGUGCCUGCAACUCGAACAGUUGAGUUGAACGAAGAUGUGAAAGCUUUCUCUCUACUACAGGCACGAAAAUUGCGCGGAUGGACCCGUAUUCCAAUCCGAUUGCGGCACACGACGAUGUUUGGCAGCAGAUUAUCUCCUACUGGUACGUCCACGGCCGGUACGCCGAGCUGCUUGUCUGGCCCAGAUUUUUGAAUUACGAUUACUCGAUGAACGCCGUGCCCCUGAUUCUGUCGGCAAAGGACAUGCGAUUGCUGUUGCCGGCCGCAGCCUACGUGCUCCUCUGCAUUGGUAAAAAUCUUGUGGUUUUCGUGUUGCUGUUGCAUGGAGUGUUUGUUUUCUUGCAGCUGCUCUUGCAAAAGUUAGAAUAAGCUUAAGUCUUUUUUUAGGCUGAAGAUAAAAAUGGCAAUAGAGAAGAAACGAAAAAUGAUCGAGAGCGUAUACAAAUGUGAAUUGAACCCUAGGGCUAUGAAACCUCUCAGGUGUCCACUUCACGAUGCACCAGUUUCACACGUUUCUUGGGCGAGCCUCGGGUUUCGGGCUUGCCACCUUCGCCGUGUCGUUUCUGCCGAUGUCAAACAUCCUGUUCCCGGUCGGGACGCUGAUCGCUGAACGUCUACUCUACAUCCCGAGCGUGGGCUACCUCCUCGUCUUAGUCGCCUGUCUCAACAUGUUGUGGCUGCGUUUGAAACAAUCGAACCGACUAUUUUUGCAGCUCUGCCUCGUCUUGGGAAUACUAGCUCUGAGUACUGCGUUAAGUUAUGAUGCUGUUUCUUUCUCUUCCGAUCUUUUCCUUUUUCUGAAAAAAUUCAGUGGAGUUCAUAAAUGUGCUUUUCGCACAAUAAUCCGACCAUGCAAAAUGUUAAUGCCACACGGUACGACCAUCAAAGACGAAAUGCCUAUAGUUGUCUUGUUUCUGUAUCUGUUUGGAGUUCUCGAGCUUGAUAAAGGAAAAAAAAAAUUGUCAGGCGGAUUCUAUUGGGUGCGUUGCUACCUACGAAUCUUCGACUGGAAGGAUAGUGAAACCAUUACGGAGGUGGAUGGGUUGUCCCAGCCCUGGAGCGGGCGAACGAGUUUCAACAUCGCAAACCUGUAUCUGUCUCGGAAGGACUACGACCGAGCACUCGAGGCCUACAUCCGAUCCAUCAAAUCCGACCCGGAAGAGCGCGACAGCAUGCCUUUGUACCACGCCGGACAGAUCUUCAUCUACCGGGGCGACUGGGUUUCUGCGGAGCAGUAUCUCAAGAAGGCGGUGGGCGGCUACUUCUCACCUCUCACCCUGGCCGAAGAGGAAGUGUUUCACGACUACGGGAUGGCGUUGUGGCACGUAAACAAGGCACCCGAAAGCAUCUACAAUUUGCAGGCGUCGAUCAUAACGAAUCCUAACUUCGCCAAAGGCUACAACAACUUGGCGUGCGCGCAGGUAGACAAAUUUUGCUUCUCCGUGAUGUGACGCAAACUGGCAUGGAGAUGAGAAUUAUGAGGAAGCGGCCUCAAUAUACUUACCUAUUCGAAGUAUAGCUGCUUCGUCAUGAUCUUCGAUGCCACUCACGUACAUGUCGCAAACACAUGCAGAUGGUCGAUUGAAGACUUCUGACAGCACGAGAUGAUGCAUAGAUGUCUUUUCGCAAUCGUUGACAAACCAAGAACAUGUUGAAGUCUCUAAAAAAAGAAAAACUGAAAACGAAAACAGGUUCUGUACGGCCUAGACUUGAAGAACCAGGAGAUGAUAAACCAGGGCUUGGGGUCGUUGGAAAAGGCCCUAUCCAUCGCGCCGGAUAUGGCACUCUACUGGCGCAACGCCGCGGUCCUGCUCGGGUUCAUUGGCGAUCAAGCGGCCAGCCAGAACGCCUGGAACAAGUUUGCGCUCUACGACCCAAGUGCCGCAGUGCAGCAAAUACCGGACAACUGUGUCUGGGAAUUCUACUUUCGAUAAGCCUACUCGAGAGCGAGAGGAUAGCCAUAGUAUAUAAGUAGUGAGGUGGUCACCAAACGGUACUCAUGUUCACGUGGAGAAAUUAAGAAUACAGUCACUCAAGAACGACCCAUGAUGAAGGGAAAAAUACUUCAAAGCCGCGGCUGGACCUGGAAAUACCAAUCUCAAGCUAGUGAAUUACGCUGAAAGUAAAACGCAAGUAGAGCGGCAGAU